AUGUCUCCUCUUUGGAUUCUUUCGGUGGUGUUCGUGUUGCUUCAUGUUCAAAGCGGAGAAGGAUAUAAUGGUACAGCAAAUUUAAGAGUUGACAUUACUUGUACUGUUCGAGCGGAUUGGUGCUUCACUUUGACUAUGUACACUGUCUACGUAAAACAGAAAGUUCCCAUAAUUCUGUGGUCAAAGAAUACAACAAUCCUCGAGAGAUCUUACUGUCAUGACAACAGGGCGUCAGUCCAUCCGAUGUUCAAAAAUGUCGAGGCUGAAUCUCCAUAUAAACUUGGAUUUUUCGGAAGUUACCAACUCUCUCACACCUGUACUAAGGAUGGAAAACUGGAAUGUAUGGUGCUAGAUCACGGCUUCUAUAUUCCUUUCAAGUUGAAACCGGACUAUAAGGAAUUCUUGUUUCCCUCAGGUGAUGUUGGAGUUGAGAAGGGAACAGGAGGAUGUAAAAGUUGA